CUUCUCACUUCUCUUUCCUCUCUCCUCUCUUCUCAAAUCUCUCUCUCUUUCGUAUUUCUUGGAGACAUCUUUCUCUGGAACUGUUCUUCAUCGAAUUCUAUCUUUUGAGAGAAACUAAAUUAAGUUGAUAAUCGAAGAACUUCCUCGAAAUUAGGACUUCUUCUGCUUUUUGUUGUUUCCUAGAGAUUUUCCUAGAACGUGGUCCAAGAAAAUCACACAAAAAGGUUCAUUCCUUUUUUCUUACCAGAAACCACAAAUCAAAAUCAUCUCCCCUGUCUUUGUUUGAAAUCUCUCAAAUUUAAGAAGGAUCAUCCAUUCACUAACCUGAGAUUUUGGAUAGGUUUCAUCUAUUUCAGGUGGGAAUUCCAGUGCAUCGACCAUGAUCAACACCUAAACUACAAAUUGACCGUUUUGCCCUUGGGAAUCACUAUAAAUGUCGAGAAGACCAGACCUCCUACGUGGCAGCGUGGUCGCCACCGUGGCUGCCACGUUUCUCCUCUUCAUUUUCCCGCCGAAUGUUGAAUCGACCGUUGAGAAACAAGCUCUGUUUCGCUUCAAAAACCGCCUCGACGACUCUCACAACAUUCUACAAUCUUGGAAGCCUUCCGAUUCACCAUGCGUGUUUCGCGGCAUCACAUGCGACCCGUUAUCCGGCGAAGUCAUCGGUAUUUCUCUAGGAAACGUAAAUCUCUCCGGCACCAUUUCUCCAUCAAUCUCAGCUCUCACAAAGCUCUCUACGCUAUCGCUUCCAUCUAACUUCAUCUCCGGAAGAAUCCCGCCAGAGAUAGUCAACUGCAAAAACCUUAAAGUUCUCAAUCUCACCUCCAACAGACUCUCCGGAACAAUCCCAAACCUUUCUCCUCUAAAGUCCCUAGAAAUUCUCGACAUCUCCGGGAAUUUUCUUAACGGAGAGUUUCAAAGCUGGAUUGGGAAUAUGAAUCAGUUGGUUUCUCUCGGUCUUGGCAACAAUCACUACGAAGAAGGUAUAAUUCCUGAGAGUAUUGGAGGUUUAAAGAAACUUACUUGGCUGUUCUUAGCUCGCUCCAACUUGACCGGGAAGAUUCCAAACUCGAUCUUUGAUCUGAAUGCUCUCGACACUUUCGACAUCGCGAACAACGCAAUCUCCGAUGAUUUCCCAAUCUUAAUCUCAAGAUUGGUAAAUCUCACCAAGAUUGAGUUGUUCAACAACAGCUUAACAGGUAAAAUCCCUCCGGAGAUAAAGAACUUGACUCGUUUACGCGAAUUCGACAUCUCUUCGAAUCAGUUGAGCGGGGUUUUACCUGAAGAACUCGGAGUUUUGAAGGAGCUCAGAGUUUUCCACUGUCAUGAAAACAACUUCACCGGCGAAUUUCCUUCUGGUUUCGGCGAUCUAAGUCACCUCACUUCUCUUUCGAUUUAUAGAAACAACUUCUCCGGUGAAUUUCCGGUUAACAUCGGCCGGUUCUCGCCGCUCGACACGGUUGAUAUAUCUGAAAACGAGUUUACUGGUCCAUUUCCAAGAUUCUUAUGCCAAAACAAGAAACUACAAUUCUUGCUCGCCUUGCAGAACGAGUUUUCCGGCGAGAUUCCGAGAUCUUACGGCGAGUGCAAAUCUCUAUUGAGACUAAGGAUUAACAACAACCGUCUAAGUGGUCAAGUUGUUGAAGGAUUCUGGUCUCUACCGCUUGCUAAGAUGAUUGAUCUCAGCGAUAACGAACUCACCGGAGAGGUUUCUCCUCAGAUUGGACUUUCAACAGAACUGAGUCAGCUCAUUUUACAGAACAACAGAUUUUCCGGCAAGAUUCCUCGUGAGCUCGGAAGAUUGACUAAUAUAGAGAGGAUUUAUCUGAGCAACAACAAUCUUUCCGGCGAAAUUCCGAUGGAAGUUGGAGAUUUGAAAGAGUUAUCAUCUCUGCAUCUUGAAAACAAUUCAUUAACAGGAUUUAUCCCUAAGGAAUUGAAGAAUUGUGUCAAACUUGUUGAUCUGAAUCUCGCUAAGAACUUCUUGACCGGAGAAAUCCCUAACAGUUUAUCUCAGAUUGCUUCUUUAAACUCGUUGGAUUUCUCAGGGAAUAGGCUAACAGGUGAAAUCCCGGCGAGUCUUGUGAAGUUGAAGCUGAGUUUCAUUGACUUGUCUGGAAAUCAACUUUCAGGAAGAAUACCACCGGAUCUUUUAGCGGUGGGAGGAUCCACCGCGUUCUCACGUAACGAGAAGCUCUGUGUUGAUAAAGAGAACGCUAAAACAAAUCAGAACUUGGGGUUGAGUAUUUGCAGUGGCUACCAAAACGUGAAGAGGAAUAGUUCACUCGAUGGAACACUCUUGUUCUUGGCUCUUGCAAUUGUUGUGGUAGUACUAGUGAGUGGUUUGUUCGCGUUGCGUUACAGAGUUGUGAAGAUACGUGAGCUUGAUUCGGAAAACAGAGAUAUCAACAAGGCGGAUGCGAAGUGGAAAAUCGCGUCUUUUCAUCAAAUGGAGUUGGACGUUGAUGAGAUUUGUAGAUUGGAUGAAGAUCAUGUGAUUGGAUCUGGAAGUGCAGGAAAAGUGUACCGUGUUGAUUUGAAAAAAGGUGGCGGGACAGUGGCGGUUAAGUGGUUGAAGAGAGGAGGAGGAGAAGAAGGUGAUGGAACAGAGGUCUCUGUUGCGGAGAUGGAGAUUCUUGGAAAGAUUAGACACAGAAACGUGUUGAAACUCUACGCUUGUUUGGUUGGAAGAGGUUCUAGAUAUUUGGUGUUUGAGUUCAUGGAGAAUGGGAACUUGUAUCAAGCUCUUGGCAACAAUAUUAAAGGCGGUCUACCAGAACUGGAUUGGCUCAAAAGAUAUAAAAUUGCGGUGGGAGCGGCAAAAGGAAUCGCAUAUUUGCAUCAUGAUUGUUGUCCACCCAUCAUUCACAGAGAUAUAAAGUCAAGCAACAUUUUACUUGACGGAGAUUAUGAGUCGAAAAUCGCAGAUUUUGGAGUUGCAAAAGUUGCAGACAAAGGAUAUGAAUGGAGCUGCGUUGCUGGAACUCAUGGCUAUAUGGCUCCUGAGCUGGCUUACUCCUUCAAGGCAACGGAAAAGAGUGAUGUGUACAGCUUCGGUGUGGUUCUUCUAGAGCUAGUUACCGGUCUUCGGCCUAUGGAAGACGAGUUUGGAGAGGGGAAAGACAUUGUUGACUAUGUCUACUCUCAGAUUCAACAAGAUCCGAGGAACCUUCAAAAUGUUUUGGACAAGCAAGUUUUGUCCACUUAUAUAGAAGAAAGCAUGAUUAGAGUUCUGAAGAUGGGUCUUCUCUGCACUACGAAGCUCCCGAAUCUCAGACCGAGUAUGAGAGAGGUCGUGAGAAAGCUUGACGACGCUGAUCCCUGUGUCUCCAAUUCUCAAGACACAACUGGAAAGAUUACAGUAUAGAUUGAUGAUUCACCUACCACGUUUUAGUUAUGGUUAAGACUAGUCACUGGUCAAAGAAGUAUCAGUUUGUUCGAGACUUGAGUAAAAGUACGAGAGAUUGGUUUUUGCUUAUUUACUAAUCCGUUGUACUAAAAAGUUUGCAGUGAAAGGUCGGAGUUAUCAGAAAGAGACUUGGAUUAAUUUAUAUUAACUACUGUGGGUGUGUGUUACAGGAUAUUAUUCUUGU